AUGGCUAUCCUCCUCUCGUCUGAGCCCAUCACAAUUACACCAUCACAAUCAGAACUCACAAACUCGCGUCUCACUCCACAACACCUCGAGACUGCUAUCCGCGCCUUGCAUCAAGACGGUCUCGUCGUUAUCGAGAAUAUCAUUCCCCAUGAUCUCAUCGACCACCUUAAUCCACGUAUGGUACAAGACGCCCUCGUCCUUCAAUCGCGCAAGGAGAACAGUCCAUACAACUACAAUCCGGGCAACAUCCAACAAGAUCCCCCUCCAUCCUCCGAGUUCUUCCACCCCGAGAUCUUCCUCAAUCCCAUCGUCAACCAAAUCACCUCCACUCAUCUCGGUCCUAACCCAAAGAUGACCUUCAUGUCUGCAAACACUGCACUUCCCGACCCUACACUAUCGUCUCAGCCCGUCCAUUCCGACGCCGAUUUCGCACACCCCACUCAUGCGUUCGCUGUCGUCGUGAAUGUCCCACUCACGACGAUGACGCCGGCUAACGGAUCGACGGAGAUCUGGCUGGGAACGCAUACAUCAGAGUUAUCUGGCCCUCAUGCUCAGGAAGGAGUACACGGGGAGCGUGCUUCCGGCCGCAUCAAGCACGAGUAUCUCGAUAGUCGAAGGACAGUACGCCCGCCGUCACAGCCAGUCGUGAAGAAGGGCAGCGCAAUUAUUCGGGAUCUGCGACUAUGGCACGCUGGGAAACCGAACACGGUGCUGGAUGGGAAAGGAAGCCCUCGGGUGAUGUUGGCGAUGAUACACUUUGCGCCUUGGUAUCGUAACGGGAUGGUUCCGGAGAUGGGAGAGGAUGCGAGAGAGAAGAUAGAGGGCGUAAGGGAAAAGUUGAAGGAGGUCGGAGGCUUAGAGGUGCCGAUGGAGUAUAAGGCGACUGAGGAAGUCUUGCAGACGUAUAUGACUAGACCGUUCGGUAAUGCGUAUGACUUCGGACAGGCAGACUGAGGGAAGUGCUGGAAGCUUAUAGAAUGAGUGUCAUUUGAGGCUUCCGUGAAUAUGAUGUGAAUGGGGAAGUAUGGCUUGAAUCGUACAGGGUAAACGACUCGUACUCCACUAUAGUAAUACAUAGGCGCCAGCUGACGAGAUGAGAAUCGAGAUGACAAUAAAAAUCAUAAAAAUGGCCAAAUACAGUGUCAAGCGUCUCAGAUGAUAUGCUGAACCAUUGGUGCUGACGGUUCGAGCUCUGGAGUCGGGUUAUGAGCCGGCUUUCGACCCAUCCUCUUGUUAUUCCUCCUCCAUUUCUCGAUACUCUUGUACCAUUCGUUAUACCUCUCCUCGACAUUAUCCAUCUCCCCGGGAUCGUUUUGGAUGUUAACCGCGGGCUGCUCUGGGAAUCCCUUCCAGUCCUCGCGCUCAAAGCACCCUCGAAACACGUCAACAUGGGUUAUGGCCAACGUCCGGGAGAAUUUCUUCUCAAAAGCGGUAGCGGCCUUCUCAGACGGCUUCAACUUCUUCAUAAACUUGCCGAACGCCUUAUCCGACUCCUCGAGCUUUAGCGCCUGAUGGCCCUUACCCACCAACUCAUGCAUCCCUUCGUUCUUCAGCAUACUCUGUCUCGUCCUUUCCGUCCAGAGCCAUGGAGUCUUCUUCCUCAAUUCGCGAUGGCACAAGAAAGCAGGAGCCCAGGGUUGUUCUGACGCCCAGUCGGGGCCAAACUCCGGCAACGCGUAUGGACCGGUGUCAGUGACUAAGGCCAUGUUGAAUGUGUACAUCGCGCAGUCUAGUACGACUUCUUCAUCGGCUGCCGUUAAAAAGUAAAGCCAAUAAUGAUCAUCGGGAUCCUGUCCUGGCGUCAUAGUUCGCUCCUUCAGGUUGAAGUAACCGAGCUUGUCUUGGAACGUCACGCGCGAUGUACCCGCACAUAUCCCGAAAUCAACGAUUGGGGAAGUGCGGUAGCGAAGACGAAGUCGAGUCCCUGCGGGGG